GAGACAUACUGAAAGCGCGCGCCACUGGAAAUACUGAGAGCAUGCGAAUUGCCAUCACAUAGUUGAUCACAUAGCUGCCCCGCGCGUCAGCCCACCAAUUAAACGAGGCUAUCUGCCCGAGAUGUUUACAUUGAAACGCACUUUGAACCGCAGCUGAUUAAGAACCGCUCCACAGACUCCGUCGCCGCAGAUCAGUUGAAAGCGAAACGCGCGAAAUGCUGGAUGUAAUUGCGCUGCUCUUAAUUACACUGGCCGUCGGGUUCUGGUUUGUGCGCACGAGACUCAGCUAUUGGGCGCGACGGAGCAUCAGCCAUGCGCGGCCCACUUUUCCCAUGGGCAACCUGGAGGGUUUUCGGAAGGACAAGCACUUUAAGGACAUUCUGACGCCGCUUUAUGAGAGCUUCAAGCCCACCGGGGCGCCCUUUGCGGGCUUCUACUUUAUGCUGCGACCGGUGGUGCUGGUGCUGGACCUGGAGCUAGCCAAGGAAGUGCUUAUCAAGGACUUUGCGAACUUUGAGGAUCGCGGCUUGUACCACAAUGAGCGCGAUGAUCCACUCACAGGCCACCUGUUUCGCAUAGAUGGGCCCAAGUGGCGGCCACUGCGCCAGAAGAUGACGUCCACCUUUAGCUCCGGCAAGAUGAAGUUCAUGUUUCCCACGGUGUGCGCCGUGGGCGAGGAGCUAGCUCAGGUCUGCGCUGAGCAAGCGCAAAAUUCCAUUUGUGGCAUUCUGGAGAUAAACGAUCUGAUGGCCAGGUACACCUCGGAUGUGAUUGGUAGCUGUGUUUUUGGCUUGGACUGCAAUGGACUGCGCAAUCCGGAGGCCGAGUUCGCCGUAAUGGGACGACGCGCCUUCAUAGAGCGACGCCACAACAAACUCAUUGAUGGCUUCAUUGAGAGCUUUCCAAAUCUGGCACGCCGUCUGCGCCUACGCCAGAUACACCAGGACAUUACGGACUUUUACAUGCGCAUCGUACGGGAUACAGUCAAUGAGCGCGAGUCAAAGGGCAUUGUGCGUAACGAUUUCAUGAAUCUGCUCAUCGAGAUGAAGCAUCGCGGGGAGCUGACGCUGCCCGAAAUGGCCGCCCAGUCGUUCAUAUUCUUUGCCGCCGGCUUCGAUACCUCGGCCUCGACCUUGGGAUUCGCCCUCUAUGAACUGGCCAAGCAGCCACACCUCCAGCUUAAGCUUAGACAGGACAUUGAGCAGGCGCUUCAGGCGCAUGGAGGCCAAUUUACGUACGAGUGCAUGCAGGAGCUGCGCUAUAUGGAGCUGGUCAUAGCAGAAACGCUUCGCAAGUAUCCCGUGUUGCCUCAUCUGUCGCGCGUCUCUCGCAACUUUUAUGCGGCCAAGGGCAAUAAACACUUCUACAUCGAGCCUGGCCAGAUGGUUUUCGUACCAGUCUAUGGCAUACAUCACGACCCAGAGCUAUAUCCGGAGCCGCACAAGUUUAUUCCGGAACGAUUUCUCGCCGACCAGAUGGCACAGCGACACACCGCCUCCUGGCUGCCCUUUGGCGAUGGACCCCGCAACUGCAUCGGCAUGCGUUUCGGCAAGAUGCAGACGAGCGUGGCCCUCUUUUAUCUGCUAAGGCGCUUUCAGUUUAGUGUCUGUCCGCGAACCGCGUCCAAAAUUGAAUUUGUCAAGUCCAACAUAUUGCUAUGUCCAGCCAAUGGCAUCUAUUUGAAGGUUGAGGAGCUAAGAAAAUUAGCUCAGUUGACAUCGGCGCAUAAAAUGUCGUUUAUUCUAGCGCUGGUCGGUAUUAUAAUAUCGCUGCUGUUUUAUGCAGUCAGGCAUAGGCACAACUAUUGGAAUCGUCGUGGGAUUCCACACGAUGUGCCCAAAUUUCCGAAGGGCAACAUCGGCGACUGGCCGUCCAAGCGACAAAUAGGCGUUGUCUUCAGGGAUUACUAUCUGAAGUACAAGAAUGCAAAUAGUCCGUUUGCGGGCUUCUAUUUCUUUUUCACCAAGACCGUUGUGGUCACCGACAUGGAGCUGGUGAAACGCGUCCUCAUAAAGGAUUUCAAUAACUUUGAGAAUCGUGGCGUAUUCUAUAAUGAAAUUGACGAUCCCCUGUCGGCCACGCUGUUCAGCAUUGAGGGACAGAAGUGGCGGCAGCUGCGGCACAAGCUGACGCCCACCUUCACCUCGGGCAAGAUGAAGCACAUGUUGCCCAUAGUUUUGCAAGUGGCUGAGGAAAUGGUCAAGGUGUUUAACGAUAAGGUGUCUGCACCUCAGGUGUUGGAGAUCACCGAUUUGGUGGGUCGCUAUACGGCCGACGUGAUUGGCACCUGCGCCUUUGGGCUCGACUGCAAUAGUCAGCGCAAUCCAGAUGCGGACUUUGUCAGCAUGGGCAAGCGAGCAGUCACGGAGCGACGCUAUCAUGGGCUGCUUGAUUUCAUCUUAUUUGGCUUUCCCAAGUUGUCGCGUCGCCUGCAUCUGAAGAUAACAACUGAAGAGGUUGAGGAAUUCUACAUGCGCAUCGUUCGCGAUACCAUCAACUACCGCCUCAAGAGCAAUGAGAACCGCGGCGAUUUCAUGGACAUGCUCAUCGAAAUGUAUCAGAAGCAGCAGAAGGGCAACACCGAUGAGGGCCUUACCUUCGAGGAGCUGGCGGCCCAGGCAUUUAUAUUCUUUGUGGCCGGCUUUGAGACCAGCUCCACAACCAUGGGCUUUGCCCUGUACGAACUGGCCCAGCAUCAGGACAUCCAGGACAAGUUGAGAGCGGAAAUAAACGAUGUGCUUGGCAAGCACAACAAUAAAUACUCUUACGACAAUGUUAAGCAAAUGGAAUAUCUGGAGCAGGUUGUCAUGGAAACUCUUCGCAAAUAUCCCGUGUUGGCCCAUCUGACACGCAUGGCCAUCUCGGACUAUUCGCCAGGAGAUCCGAAAUAUUAUAUUGAGAAAGGCAGCAUUGUUGUGAUACCAGCCCUCGGCAUACACUACGAUCCCGACAUCUAUCCCGAGCCACAAAAGUUCAAGCCAGAGCGCUUCACGGAGGCAGAGAUUUCGGCUCGACCAGCCUGCAGUUGGCUGCCCUUUGGCGAUGGUCCCCGCAAUUGCAUUGGCUCCCGCUUCGGCCUCAUGCAGACCUGUGUGGGCCUGGCCCAUCUGAUCAAAGACUUCAAGUUCAGUGUGUCCCCCGAGACCCAAAUACCCAUGAAAUUGGUCACCAAGAACAUACUGUUGUCUUCUGAAAACGGCAUUUAUUUAAAUGUUGAGAGGGUUUCCAAGUAA